AUGGAGGAGGAGGGCGGCAAGGUGGUGGUGGCGGGCGUGGGCGACCUGGCACUGGAGCUGUUCCUCCAUAUCGUGGGCUUCCUUGAGCCGGCCGACCUGGUGCGCGUGGAGGCCGUGCAGCGGGCCUGGGCCGACGCCCUCCGCCAUGACGACCACACGUGGCGCACCGUCUUCCGCGCCCACCUCGGCCAAGGCCCCUCCCGCCCCACCACCGCCGCCCGCGGGUCAUGGCGGAGCCGGUGCGUGAAGGCGGCCAGGCGUGCGCACCAAACGGUCAACCGCGCCGACCUCACACCCGAAGCCCGCGCCCUCGAACUCCUUAAAUACCAGUUCCGGAGCGCAGAGACUUUCGACUACGCCGGCUCGGGCCUGUACCCGCUGCACCUGGCGGUGGCCAGCGGGAGCACAGCCACGGUGCAGGUGCUCGCCGAGGCCGGCUUCAACGUGCACCAGCGCAACUCGUCGGGCGUGACGCCGAUCGGCGCCGCCGUGCAGACCGGCCAGCUCGACCUCGUCGAGGUGUUGUUGAGGCACGGAGCGAGCAGCGAGGAGCUCGCGCAACUUACGGGCGGCGAUGGAGGUGGCGGCGGCGCACCGAAGGCCAAGCGCAAGGCCAGGCGCAAGAAAACGCUCCCCGUUAUGCAUCAGGCCGCGGCCGCCGGUCAUACCCAGAUCGUGCAGGUGCUUCUCGACCUGGCGCGCCAGGGAAAGGGCACCACCUUACACCGCGACGAUGAGAGCGCUGACCACGGAGCUGAUGCUGACAGUAGCGACGGCAAAGAUGAGAGCGACGCGAAGUACCUCAACGCGCCCGACCGGUUCGGCAACACGCCGCUGCUGCCGGCCGUGGAAGAGAAUCGCGAGGCCAUGAUUCAAUUCCUGGUCGCCAAAGGCGCUGACAUCAAUCAUAGUCACAGAAUUACCGGCCUAACACCACUGCACUGGGCGGUGCAGCACGACAAGCUUGCGACCGCGCGCCUGCUGCUUGAACUCGGAGCCGCCAACGAGCCCGUCCGUUCCGCCGACCAACGGUACGUUGUGACGGUGCCGCCCUUCGUCAUGGCCUGCGAGCGCCAGCUGCCCGACAUGGUCCAACUGUUCCUCGAACACUUUGGCCCCGGCAUCAUGGACGCCGUGGUGCCCCACAGUUCGCUGUCCGUGUGGCUGCUGCGGGUGCUGCAGCUGGGCCAGUGUCGGAAGGAGUUCGCCGAGCUUCUGCUGGCCAAGCGCGCGACCAGCGGCGGGCGUACGUUCCACUAG